CCGAUCGAUCGGGCUCCUGUCCCCUUUGGACAAAAAUAGGCCGUAUGCUAUAUCUGUACUCCUUCCUAUGCACUCUGCACUCUGCGUAAGCCAGGUAUAGAUAGCUUCAUUGAUUGGUUUUACCAGUGGCUUAUUAAUUCCCCACUGCCGAGGGCGCGAUCGACGGCAACGAUGAGUAGCAGGAUACUGGUGAUCGGCGGGACGGGGAACAUCGGGCAGCACCUCGUGACGGCGAGCCUCGACGCCGGCCACCCGACGGCGCUGCUCGUCCGCCGGGCCACCGUCGCCUCCGACUCCGGCAAGGCCAAGCUCUUGAAGGCUCUCGUGGCCCGCGGCGCCACCCUUGUAUACGGGGACGUGAACGACCACGGGAGCUUGGUGGCGGCGAUCAAAGAGCAUGGGGAGGUGGUGAUCUGCGCCGUCGGACACGGCAGGCCGGAGGAGCUGGACGGCCAGCUUAACAUCAUCCAAGCGAUAAAAGAGGCAGCUGGAUAUGUCAAGUUUGAAUGGAAAACUGAAGCACUGCAGCGUUUUGUGCCAUCCGAAUUCGGCUGCGACGUGGAGCAUGCCGAACGGACUCUAGAGCCGGCGAAGGGCAUGAUAGCAUCCAAGCUUCGAGUCCGGCGAGCCAUCAGAGACGCUGGGAUUCCCCACACAAUCAUCUGCAGCUACUGGGCUAUUGGCUUGCUCUUGUCUAGGCUUGUUGACUUCGAGGAGGAUGGCCCUUUGACGGCCGGAGCGAACAUUUUAGGUGACGACAAAUCACGAGCGAUCUUUGUGGACGAGAAGGAUACGAGCAUGCUGACUAUACGAGCCGUGGAGGACCCACGAACGCUCAACAAGGUCAUGUACGUACGCCCUCCCACAAACAUGCGCUCCUUCGGCCAGCUCGUCGAGCUCCUGGAGAAGAAAACCGGCAAGACACUCGAGAGGCACUUCGUGUCCGAACACGAGCUCGCCAAGAAAAUCCAAGAGUCUCCGUUCCCGCUCAACUUUCAGCUGGCGAUGGUGCACUCGACGGUGGUGCAUCCCGGGGCGUGCGAGGAGGCCGUCGACGCAGCCGUGAAGGUGGAGGCCACGCUGUUGUACCCGGACGUGGAGUUCAUCACGGUGGAGGAGUACCUGGAUGGCCUUCUUACCUGAGACAGAGACGCAUUAUAUGUAUUGCUCUGCUUACAUUGUUGGGUGCAGAUUAACUGCUCCGUCUUUGCAUGUCAUCACGUAUCGACCCUUUGUUCGGUACAUUAUUAUGUGUGUGGAGUAGAAUCGGAAAAUUAACAUGGAUUCGUUAUUUCUAAAACCGUUUAACUUGUAAACGGAAAAAGUGUUUUUUAGAAAGGUAGAAACAUCAAAAGCAGCUCCAUUGUAUUUACGACUAA